CAACAACAACAACAACAACAACAACAACAACAACAACAACAACAACAACAACAACGACUACGGUCCCAUCUACGGUGCUCCGCCGACCCCAGGUCCAUCUCAUAAUGGCAUCCCAGGCCCGUCCGUUGCUACACCAGAGGAGCAGCAGCAGCAUUCGGCUCCAGUACUAACGCCGUUCGAACUGGCAAGGGCUGAGUACGAAGGUAAAAAAGCAAACGGAAUCAGCACCAUUGAGGACGACAUCACGUUCCUGCGGCUUCAGAAUGAAGAGGAUGCUAGAAAGAAGCAGGAGGCCGCUGACGCGCUCUACGAAGCAGAGGGAGAUAUGGAUGUUGAUGAGGACUUCGGCGCUCCUCAGGACGAUCCAGAAGAAGACUCUUUAUUCGUCCCCCGUUUUACUUCUCGCCGCCGCAAGAGUACCGGCGCUUGGCCGGGACGGGACGAUGAUGACGAGGACGACUUCCUCGACGUCGGCGAGGGCCCUUCCUCGGCCUCGGUGGACAGGGAUGAGGGGGAUAGCAGCGAAGAAGUCGAGGGAAAAAGAAAGAGGCGGAAGAGAUCCAAAUCCACCACUAGGAAGCGGGCCAAGAAGGGAGAAGGCUCGAGGAAAGGAAAGAAGAACGCAAGGGCGCAAUCGCCACAGGCGGAGGCUUCUACCAAUGGCGCUCGCGCUCUGGAUUCGCUGAUGCACUCGAACGUCUUCCGCGAUGCGGCGGCCAACCAGAACGCACCAGCCCUGCCAGAGAUCACAGAUACCCGCAAAACGGAAGCUUUGAAGAAACUGAUCGCGUCGGUUCCCCAAAGUCAAAGAAAGAAGGCCCUCACUGAUAGGAAUGAACUGUUAAAGGCAAGCCAGAAGUUUUCUCGUCGUGGUGCACGCCCGAACGGAGCUGGUGGGUGGAAGAUAACUGGCAUGGUGUCUUCAUUGCAGAACCAUCAGCUUAUCGGUGCCGGCUUCAUGCGAGAGAGAGAGGGUGCUGCAGAAAAGCCUCACGGUGGCCUUUGCGCUGAUGCAAUGGGUCUUGGUAAGACUCUUGAGAUGAUUGCAAAUAUCAUCAACGAUCGCCCGAGGAAGCCGGAGCCUGGAGAACCAAUAACCACUCUCAUCGUCCUCCCUGCAACGCUCGUCACGCAGUGGCACGACGAACUGAAGAAACAUGUGGAUCGCAAACAGCGACUCUCGAUUCUCGAAUGGAAAGCUGGCUCCCGACCCGAGACUCAUGAUCCCGUCGAAACUAUAAGCAAGUUCGACAUAGUCCUUACCACGUACUACGAAGUUCGGAACAGCUACCCGAAGGCGGAAGUUCCGAUAGAGCUCCAAACGAGCGAGGAGAAAAACGCGUGGUGGAAAGAGUACUUUGAGCAACACAAAGGGCAUCUGCACAGCGUUCAGUGGAGACGAGUGGUGCUCGAUGAGGCGCAAGCGAUCAAGAACUACCGCUCGGCGACAUCUCUGGCGUGCAGAGCGUUGAAAUCAAAGUACCGGUGGGCUCUUUCUGGCACUCCCAUUCUGAACUCGGCGCUCGAGCUCUACCCCUACUUCAAGUUCCUCCAGGUUCCAUACACGGGAACCUUCCGUGUGUUCAAGGUCAACUACUACAGCAAAGCCGACGACGAACCGAUGGAGAGGCUGAGCAUUAUGGUCAACCGCUUCAUGAUACGACGCACCCACAAAGACACAAUGUUUGGGGCGCCGAUCGUGAAGCUGCCUAAGGCGAGCGACCGCAUUCAUUGGGUGAAGUUCAACGACCUUGAGCGGGCCAUCUACGAGAUCGUGCGCAAGCGCAUGGUUACGCGGGUCAACAGUUUCGCUCAGGACAACACGCUGCAGCGCAACUACCGCAACGUACUGGUAAUGCUGCUCCGGCUGCGACAGAUGACGGGCAACCUGCUGCUUGUCGAGGUUGUGAUGAAGGACCUGCUCGAGCGCGAAGACCACGAAAAGAUUCGUAAAUUGGCCGAAAUGGAGCUCGAUGGCGACGAAACCAGACGCGCUCAGAUUAUUGAGCUACGCAGAAUGCUCUCGAAGCCGCCGCCAGACGCACAGGUCGACGAAAACGACGACAAUUACGGAUUCCUUGACGAUGUGCCUGACGAGGGGAUCAGCCUCGGACGGGCGCAUGGAAAGAAGUUCAACUUUAACAGGUACCUACAGGAUCUACGCGAGGGCAAAGAGUGGGAGGACCUUAAGAAGCGUACCCUCUGCGUUGUGUGUAAUAUGCCGCCUGAUCAGCCCUACGUCACCUCUUGCUACCACAUCUACUGCGAAGAGUGCCUGGAGAUGCAGCAGCAUGAGUCGGCUGCUAAAGGUGAGCCGCAUGCUCUCUGCCUGAAAUGCUCAGUUGAGUAUAUCUGGUCGCAUCCGUGCGAUGAAUUUGACCUCGACUCCAUCGUGUCGGAUAUCGACGAGGCAGAUAUCAAUGCAGAGGAUGAGCCGCCGGUAGAAAGGUGGCGCAAGAAGAAGAACAAGAAGAGAAAGGGAAAGGACAGGAAUGACGAGGAGAGUGUUACGCGGACAUGGAUCGAGAAGAACGGAACAGUGCUCCCGUCGGCCAAGACGAUCGCAGUCAAGGCCCAGAUCCUCAACUGGCUGCAGCAGGAUCCGGAGGCAAAGAUCCUGGUUUACACGCAGUUCAUCUCGAUGAUCCAGAUCAUGAAGAAGAUCUGCCAGAUGGAGGAAUGGAACUUCCUCGAAUACACGGGCAAGAUGACGAUUGCCGCGCGCGACAAGGCGCUCGAUUCGUUCAAGAACGGCAACGCCUCUAUCCUGCUAGCAAGUCUCAAAUGCGGCGGCUUAGGUCUCAACCUCACCGCCGCCAAGCAUGUUAUCUCGAUCGACCCUUGGUGGAACUCGGCUAUCGAGCAGCAGGCCUUCUGCCGCGUCUUCCGCAUCGGGCAAACUGAGGAGACGUCUAUGACCCGUUUCGCCGUCGCCAACAGCAUCGACGAGAAGUUGAUCGCAAUGCAGGAUAAAAAGCAGGAGGAGAUUGACCGCGUGAUGGGCGACAGUGGCCCACAGCGUGAAAAUCUCUCGGUUUCUGAAAUGAUGCGCCUGUUCGGUCCGGUCAGAGAAGAUAACCAGGGCCGGGAGUUCAUUAUUGUGGAAGACAAGGAGACGCUGCCGCAAUACGAUGCAGACAGUGAGGAUGAGGGUGAUGAGGACUGA